UGGAAAGGGAUAUUUUCCCCUUCUUGGCCGGUCGUAUUCGACAAAUAUUGAUCUCUCGCUCAAAAGCGAUUCAAAUAAAAUCAAGCACGGCAUGCAUUGUGAUGUCGCUUUAAAGAUCAGCCAAGACCGACGACUUCGAGCUCAUCGUGUUGUUCUGGUCUCGUUUAGUCCUUACUUUAAAGCCCUACUUGGGAAACACUGGGACGAUGGAGUGGAAAAAGAGAUAGAAUUUCUUGGUUUUGACUAGAAUGCUGUCAGUGAUUUGAUCGAAUUCGCAUAUUCGGGCAAAAUUAAUAUCAACAAAGACAAUGUGCAAACUUUGCUUGAGGCAUCCAAUUAUUUGCAGGUGGAGUUUGUCAAGAAAUCAUGCGGAGAUUUCUUGAAAGAUGCAAUCGAUGAUGAAACUUGUCUUAACAUCUGGCAGCUUGCUGAUUGUUUUUCGCUGGAAAAGCUAAGGGAAACUGCCAAAAGGUACGCCCUGCAGCAUUUCACAGAGAUCUGCAAGGAGGAGGAAUUUCUCUCUCUUCCAAUUGGUUUCCUCAACGAGAUUCUUGCCGAUGAAGGUAUCUGUGUAGUCAUCGAGAACCUAAUUCCGGUUGCAGAGGAACGGGAAAGGGCGGUGUUGGAAGCUGUUUUUAAGUAUGUGGAACAUGAUCUAGCAAACCGAAAAAAGAAUUUGCCAGAAUUGUUAUCUUUAGUACGACUUCCAACCAUAUCAAAGUCUUAUUUGAAAGAAAUCCUGUUACAUAAGCUUCUUGCAAACUCGUGCACAGAAUGGAUUGCAAAGGCACAGAAACUGCAAAUUAAUUCCUCUGAGAAAGACUCACUGGAUGAAAGGUGGGCAACCACAAGGGCAUUUGCCAAACCUGUAGUCUGGUGGGGGCGUUGCUUUGCAAGUGAUGUGCGGAGACUUUCUGUAAGAUCACAUCACAGUGACGAAAUGAUUGUUGAAGAUCUGAGAAAUGAUGUGUUUAUAAAGGGAAUGGAUUUAUGGAUCCGCCAAUGGUGUGGGACAUCUGUACUAGGUGGCCUAAGGAUUUUCUACACUGGUGACAGAGAGGUGAAGUUUGGAAGUGACUCCAGUCACUGUGAACACCAUGAAUUUCACCUGAAAGAAAAUGAGAGGAUUGUUAGAGUUGAAGUAAACUCUGGACUGAUGAUCAACCAGCUCCAAUUUUUUUCAAACAAGAAAGAUGAUAAUGGAGAACCUAAAUGUUAUGGUCCUUAUGGAGGGGAUGGUGGAGGAUUCUUCUCUGAAACUCCACCAGGGUCGUACGGUUUCCUAGGAGGAAUUGGUGCUGCAGUCGUUUACUCACAAGGUGAAGAAGGUAUCACCAGACUUCAGUUUGCUUGGAGGACCUAUGUGCUUCCUGGCAACCAAGAGCCAAUGAAAAGCAGAUGUAGUGUUAAUGAUUACUUUCAUGAUUACGAUGAUGAUGAGGAUGAUGAGGAGAACUUUACAUUUACAGGAUGGGGAUGGGUGUGAUAUUAAAGAAAGGAUAAGACCUUGUUUGGGACUAAAAAUGGUGAAUAAACAUGUCGCGACCUUUUCUGCAUUUAUGAAAUUGAUAAAAAACUUUUAAAGAACUCAGUUGGCACUUUUACUCUGGUGUGAGCAAUCACGAACUUUGUUUCAUUUUUAUUGUUCAAUUUCAGGCAUGUGCUCAUUGGUUAAUUCGAAUGAUGUGAAUUUUAAUGACAUAAUAUGUUUUGUUGCAUGUGCAAAAAAAAAUGUGGAUUUGGGAUUUUUGAGUCAAACUAGACUUGUCAUGUUCCUGCAGCAUUUAAAGGGGUUUUCUAAUCAAUUUUACAGAUUUUGAGGGCUGUUGGGAAAACUGUCAGAUUAAUACAUAUAUAGUUAAUCUGGUGGUUUUAAUAACAGUUUCAAAUAGAUUCUAGUCACUUUAGUCAUAUUUGUAUGAUGGUUAAAUACCCGUCUCAAACACUGUAUUUUCCAUCUGAUGUAUGAAAAGCAACUUUGGAACUUUCAAAACUAUAAGGAUAAUUUUUAUGUGGUGAGAAAUAUUCUUUAUAAUACAGUCUGAUACAAAGUCAGAAACAAGGGUAAGAUUGCCGCACAGCCCCUUACUUCAUAGUUCUUGGAUAAAGAUUGCUAACAAAUAAUUGAUUGCCUUUGGGACUGUGGCUUUGUUUUAGAGUGAUAUGAGGCUGUGCGGAAAUCUUUCUGGAACAAGAUUAGAACAUUGCACUACAGUAGGAACAGUUAACUGCAAUGUGCAUAAAAUAUAUGAAAUGAUAAAUGUCAUUCAAAACAUUUCAAGAUGUGAAAAAUAAAAUAAGUUAUUUUACA